GUAGUAUGGUUACUUGUCGACUGCAGGGGACAUAGACGUUGGUUUAGUUCAGAGCUCACGGGGCCACUCCGUACCGAAUGCGCGCCGAUUGAGAGCCGCCUUGGGGCUGUGUCGCUAGACUAAAGAUGCGUACACCUCUGGAGCGACCGGACCAAGUGCACGCUGGACGGUCGAACCACUGGAGACACAACACUUAUGUGCGCAGUAAGCCCAUUAUAAUUGAAUCUACGCCGAACCACAACGCAAAGAUGGCACGCUGCACCCGCAAGCCCGUAACGCCCGUAACAUGCAAGUCCCGCGGUGCAUACUCCGGAUCCGGAAGCGGUGUGACACGUGACAGAAACUGUUUUGCUGCUGUUUUCCGUGUCCGCGUCGUCGCGUGCCUCAUCGGGACCCUCAACUCGAUAGCCGGAUGCUGACACUUGAGUUGAAGACUGGAUAGAAAUAUGGCGAAACCUACAGAGGAGGACAAACUAGUCAUCGGAUGCUGGGCAGAAGGAAAAGUCCUGGACCGGGGCACCUUUGGGUGCAUAACGCUAUGGCAUAACACGAAAACUCAAGAGACCAUAGCACUCAAGAAGUGUCUGCGAGGUGUGGCUGAAAUGACAGACAAGCUGCGGGAACGCUGGGUUCAAGAAGUCGAAAUCCUCAAAAAGUUGGACCAUCCCAAUGUUGUCAAAGGACUUCCCGUGCCAGAGCCACUGCUAGUGCUUGCUUCAAGCCUGCCAUUUCUUGCAAUGGAGUACUGCAGUGGCGGGAACCUUCGAAAGAUGCUGCAACGACCUGAAAACUCUUGUGGUCUUCAUGAGAAGGAUGUACGCUGUGUGCUCAGUGAUGUCACAGCAGGGCUACAGUACCUGCAUAGUAACCACGUCAUCCACAGGGACCUGAAGCCUGAAAAUAUAGUUCUCAAGAAUGUUGAGGGAAAGACUGUCUACAAGAUCAUUGACCUUGGUUAUGCAAAGGAGUUUGACCAGAGCAGCUUAUGCAAUUCAUUUGUGGGAACAUUGCAAUAUCUUGCACCUGAGCUCUUUGAGAAGAAACCCUACACCAGGGCAGUGGAUCUUUGGAGCCUGGGCAUCCUUGCGUAUGAAGUCAUCGUAGGACAGCGGCCAUUUUCUCCAACAGCUUCCCCUGCACAGUGGAUUCCUUUAGUGCAUAAUAAGAAGAGUGGCGAUAUUCGAGGAGACAUAGCACCUAAUGGAGAGCGUUGUUAUUGGAAGACCCUUCCUGUUGAAACUUGCUUGACCAGUGUUUUCAAGAAGGAUAUCGAGGAGUGGCUUCAAGUUUUACUUGAGACAAAGCCAGAUCAGAGGAGUCGCCAUCAUGGUUUAACAGUAUUUGAAAUUCUCGGGAAGCUGCUUGCACAACCAACAGUGCAUGUGUUCUGCAUUGCUAAAAUGUCAGUGGUAUCAGUUGCAUUGAAGAGUGAAGAUUCCAUCAUGGACUGCUUGUCACAAGCCUUGAAGAAUGACACAGGAGUAGAGGCUGCCGACCAGCUGUUACUCACUGAAAGUGGAAGAGUCGCAGACAUCAAGUACAUUAAGGACAACUGCAAGCGAUUCCAGGAAGCUGGAGAGGUGAUGCUUUACCUUAUUGACACGUCUGGCCAUACCGACAAGGAUGAAGAGUCACUUUGGCUUCAACAGUUACAAGAGUGCACAACUCGGCUCUCAGACAGUCGCACCUACUUGAAGAGUAUUGAGAUCAGGCGGGAGUGGGCUUUGGCAACUUAUACUGUGCGCCAGUCAGUGCACACAUUUCAGAAUGUUCCACGUGCCUUCCGCAGCUUCCAGGCGCACUUGAGCUCAGAGAUUCCUGCACUGCAGAAGGCAUUGUCAAGCAUUCAUGUCGACGUGAACAAGCUCACAGCAAUGACGAAAGUUGUGCAUGAAAGCUAUACUACAGAUGUGGAAUGCCUACAGGAUUGGAUGAAAAGCAAAGGUGGAUCUUCGACUGGUACAGACAGCUUGCUUAAACAAUGGUGUGUUUGUGAUGAGCUGCUCAGUGAUGUUUACAACCAGCGUAAAAAAGUCGAGUACUGCUUCAACAAGUUCAACAAGCUGUGCACCAUCCUUGAAGAGAGCCAGAGGACCCCAUAUGGCCAGAGUACACCAUUGGAAAUUCUUGACGCCAUCAUGGCUCGAAUGUUGCAACUUUACGAGAAAGGCAAACAGAAAAGAGAUUAUGACAGUGUGUCCAACACCUGCACGAAUAUGUGCGAAGCUAUUCGGGAGCUUGACCAAGAACAGGAGCGUGUACUGAAGCAUGUCAGCCCUUAUAUGAGAAGCAUGCUAGGAGUCUUCCACGAGCUUGGUAACUUGCAUCAUUGUGUCUGCAAGUUGUCUGACCGUAUAGUAUCGAUUAGCCAAGCCCUGUCUGCUGAGCAGCAGCAGCGCCAGCAGUCUAUCUGGAACCUGCUUCGAUCAGAAACUACACGUGUACAGCCAGUUGUGCCUUCUGUUCAGGACCAAAUCCCACCUUCUGCUGGUGACUGUGCUUCCUGGAAUGCUUUAUGUCAGCAGAUGGAUGAACAGUUAAAAGAGAGCAGAGCACAGUGCAUUGAAGCCGAGACUGUGUUAGAAUUGGUCGAUGCAAACAUUGCCACACUGGAGAAAGAGUGCAGUGAGCUGUUGAAGACAAUGACCACUAAAUAAACUAGAAAAGCCCUCAUCUGGUCACGUAUGCUUAGAAUUCCGUCUGCCUUGUCUUUGUUCAGCGUGGCUUCCCUUUGAAAGUACUGUUAUCCAAAGUGUCUUGAUCUGCCAGACUACUUGUCACACUAACAAGCAGAGCACUUCCUUGAACCUGAGGCUGGCUUCCACUGUUUAAAGAGAAGCCGCCAUCUCAAUUCCUGCCAUGCAGGGUACAGUUAAGAAAAAGAAUAGCUUAUUUCCUUACCAUUCUCAGGUAGUCUGAUGUUAAUCCUAGAUGGGCUUGAUUUUGUCGUUGUAGUAAGUGUUGUACACACAACACAUAUGGGCACUGUAUGUUAUACCGCUUCUCCAUAGCAUUUUCCUAGCUGCAAUAUCACUGCCUGACAUCGAAGUGUAUAGUCCAUGAAAUGGCUUGAUGAGUACAAGAAACUCGGCUGAUUUUGAUGGUGUAUUUUAGUAUGAAUUUAGUGUUGGGGAGGUUGGGGGGCCAGACUUCCUUUUGUGAAUGCCGGUCUAAUCGAGCCAGUCUUUCGCUUUUACUUCACACUUGCAUCAUGCAGUUUAUACUCUGUUGCAGUUUUUUUACACUGCACUCAAGGGUCACCACUAGUUUUCAGGCAUUACAAAAAUAGAUGGGUAUCAUAUACCUAAGUAUGCCCUCUUAAGUCCUGUCUACCCUACUGCAUGGACAUCCCUGAUGUAGUACUCUUACUAGCAGUUGUGUUUAAGAGCGGGAGGGAGGUGGUCCAUGCUUGAUUGGCAUUAUGCAUCAGUAGACAAGGCUUAUACAUUCAACUGGAUGCCUGAAAGCUGCUUUGCUUGCUAUGCAGUAAAUCUUAUUGUUGCUAUGCAUAUCUUUAAUGUUGAGUGUGCACACAAGUCAGGGAGUUUAGUUCCAAGUAAAGAAGCCAGGUUAUGAGCUUUUCUUAUGAGCAAGGAGUGUCGAUAUUGUACCCACUUUUAGGCAUCCUUUGCGACACACUGAUUGACACGCUGAUUGCUACAUGUGUUAUGUGCACUGGACAUCAUCUCAUGCAGAACAGCAUUUCAGUUCAAUAACAAGUUCCAAGCAUAUGCAGUCAGAAGAAUGUAUAUGGCUAGAAUGCUUUCACCUAGUUUACAAGUCUUUUCAUUGUGACUUUUGCCAUCUGUCCAGAUUUUUUUCCAAUCCUGGAAGUUCCUCAUUUUGUGUAUAGUUGUAUUACCAUUAUUACUUAUUCUACAGAUGCAUUUUUUUUAAAUAUGUAAACAUCUUGUUUUGGAACAUGUACAAUAAUGUUAAUGGCUGCAUAAUUGCACAAAAAAUGCCUUCACAAUUUGCCUUCUUUGUAUACACUCUGCUGUUGUUGCUGUUCCAGUGCUUUGUGCAGGACAUUGCUGUGAUGUAUUGCACCAAUAAAAUGUGCUUGCCAA